CAAUACGGAUGAGGAUGGAUAGUGACGAUCAGCGGGGAAGUGCCUUGCGAGAGGAGAACGCGCGGCACCGCGGAAGUAUCGCUGCGCAACGUGCGCGUGCGUACUUAAACGUGCCUGCGGUGAACCAGCAGUUCAAGUGUCCCCACGCAGCGUGUGGCGCCAUUUUCUCCAAGCAGCACAGGCUACAGCAGCACGAAGCAACUCACACCGGAGCUCGUCCGUGGCAGUGCACAGCGAGCGGCUGCGGUGGUAGAUUCACCCGGAAAUCCCAUCUCAGUCGCCACAUGAGGCAACAUGGUGGCGAGGAGCAAUUCAAGUGCGAGUUUGAGACCUGCACCAAGAGUUUCUUCCAGGCAGACAAUCUGAAGCGACACAUGUGCUAUGCUCACGGUGAGAAAGAAAAGUACUUCAAGUGUCCUCAGGCUGGCUGCUCGCAGACUUUCAAGAAGAGAUGUCGCUACAAGGUGCACCUGCAGGAACACGGCUUGGCUGCCAAGUUCAAGUGUUCAAAGAAGGAAUGUGGUGCCAUGUUUGACUCCCGCUUGGCCAGAAAUGCCCACGAGAAAAAGCAUGCAGGUUACCGCUGUCUCGAGGCAAACUGUCAGGUUGUUUCCUCAAGUUGGACCAUGCUUCAGAACCACAUGAUCAAACACCCAUCGACAUUUACCUGCCAAGUCUGCAAAAAGGCGUUCAAGAAGGCCAACACACUGCGGCGUCACAAGCGGGUCCACGCCACGCACAAGCCGGUGCUGGUGUGCCCCCGUGAAAACUGCGAGGCCUACUUCUCCACCACCUUCAACCUGCAGCACCACAUCCGCAAGCUGCACCUGGAACUCUUCAAGUACAAGUGCUCCUUCCCAGACUGCCCGCGCACCUUCGCCAUGCGGGAGAGCAUGAUCAGACAUCUGCUUCGACAUGAUCCCGAUGUCAUCAAACAAAAGAAUCGCCCACGUCCCAGGAAGUUGUGGCAGAAACGCUUGGACGGCAAUCGUCUGCCCCUGGUGGAGGAAAACCUCAACCGUCUGUUUGCACUGCGCAUGCGCAUUUCCCGUCGAGCCAAAGUGGAGUUGAACUUGACGGGCCUUUUCAACGAGCGCAAGGCCCCGCACUACGUUGACCCAGAGGUCAACCUGCGCGAACUGUUCAACAUCAAGAGACCGCCGCCCGUCCAAAGUGAGGUGGUGUCCCUCAAGGGCUAAGUUGAAGCCAACUUUAUUUCUUUGGUGGAAAUUGGGUCUUUUUCGGUUGUUGCUGGUUAAAUGUAGCUGAUGAUACAUUAUUUUAAUUUGUGCUUAAAAAUUGUCAUGAAGAACGGAACAUCUUGUUUGUAAAUGUACGAAAAUGGUACUGACCCAAUAAAAAAAUGAGUUGAAUCUU